GUUUUGGCGCUCGUCGAGGCGGGCGUCAUUUCAGGCCAAACAAUCCACGACGCCUAUCGUGCAGAAGCAGCAUCGGCCGAAUGGCCUCGCAGCGACUUGCCUGAGAUUGACGUCUUGGAGUCUUUGGCGGCGAAGGGCGUCCUGACGAACGAGGGCGUCCUUGACUGGAUGCAGUCGGGCGUGGUGACGGCGCAGACAGGACCCGCUGGCGGGCGUUCGUCGAAGCCUCGCCGCCGCCCGACUGAUCCGAAGGACAAGGCGCCUUGGUACAUGCGCGGCUUGAAUGCCCCCAUCUUCGUGAAGACAGACCUCCAGCCGGAGCUGGCGUUGCUUUCGCGCCAGGGCAACUGCGUCGCGCACGGCGUCGGCCACGUGAUCGGCAAGGCGCUGGAUGCCGUAGCAUAUGCGAAGAUCUUCCCUGCCGCCGCUUCGCGUGGCCGCAAAUACGUGGACGUCGCCGCUGCGCUGGGCGUUGGUUUGCAGGAGGCGCCUGGGCGGGCUUGCGUCGUCGGCGCGUCGGAGAGCGGGCAGGCGCGCUCGAUCGGUCGUGCUUAUUUUUGCGAUCAUUCCCUUGGACAUUUCGAGGGCUUCGACGGUCUCAUGCCGCCGACCGUGCUAGCUGCCGCUGGCAAUGCCAUGCUGACCUUGGAAGGGUUGUUCAGGUCCUUCAAGGCGCCUGUCGCGCGCAAGGACGCGGACGUACUGAAUGCGAUCAAUUCGUCCAUCAAGGAGGCCUUGGCGCAGAACAACAACGACUUGCCGAGUGCAAUGUUGACUUUCCAUGACAACUGCAUGUUCAACAAAGGCAAUAACUUGUUGAAAGCAGGGAGCGCCGCGCCUGGCAGGCAGAGCGAACCGGGCGGCGACGGCGAGGAUGCAGAGGGCGCCCUUGCAGCCCCUGCACCGGACACGAGCAAUUCGGCUGACAGCUGGUUCGUGCUAACGGCUCAGACCAUAUCCAAUGUGUCAACUAAGCUUCAGUAUGAGUUGUUGGGAAACAAGUUGGUUCCUUAUUUCAUUGAGUGGUGUUCAACUGACAUGCAGCGGGUUCCAGGAUGCGCGUACGCUGACUGCUGCGUGUUGUACGAUCGCAGCGCUUUCGAGAACGUUUGCGGCCAGGCAGCGCAGGCAUUGGCCAAGCGCGGUCAAAACAUCGAUCAAAUAACUGUGUAUUGGGGGCCGGGCAGCGUCGGCCUAUCCCUCUACACUUCGCACUUGCACGCGAUGUACGGCGAUGAGAACCACAAGUUCUUUGAUCCGAAUAUAUUUUUCCAGGGCGAGGAGAUGCGGAAGGUGGUGGAACUCUUGGUCGGCGGCUGCAUCUUCACCGGCCAGGAGCGGCCCUCGGGGCAGAGGAGUAGCAUGCGCCAGGACUUACUCAAGAAGUUCGCCACGGCCGACACCAUCGCGGGGAGACUGCCGUACUCCAUCUUGACGAAGAUGUACAGGAUCAUCGGGUGGAAGCGCAUGGAGGUAAACCAGUUCUUCACUUUCGACAACGUCAACGAGCACAACCUGGAGUCUAUUGUGCGCCGCAUCGCCAUCAUCAAGAUACAGUCGCGGUUCUUUGACAAGCUCUACGUUGAUAAGAUUAUUCUCACCGACCCGAGCAAGUGGGUCAAGG